AUCGACGCUUGAUAGGUCAAUUUUGUUGUUGUUGUGGAAAUAGUCAUCAAAAAAAUUAUCAUGCGAGAAUUUGAUGAUUUUUUUGAAAAUUUCAUUAUCAUUUCAAAAUUUUGAAAAUAACCCAUUCGAAUUCACACAAUCAUGACAUCAAAAUACGUUUCUGAAGCGGGUAAAACACUACUUAGAAAUACUAUUCAAUCAACCGAUUUUCAAAACAGAAAAAAAGAAGAAGAUCUCAUGUGGAAAUUGCGUAAUGUAUCGCGAAAACGAAAAUUAAAUGAUGAUGAUGAUGAAAAAUUUGGGAAUGAACAAAAUUAUGACCAUAAUAAUCAACAUCAAUGUUGUUCGAGCAAAAAACCGCAAAAUAAUUGGCUGAAAAAAUUGAUGAAUGCCGAGUCCAAACAGCCAGAACGAUGGGGACACGAUGGCUAUAAAGAAUUAUAUCCAGAAGAAUUUUCAUCCGAUAAUAAUGAUGAAUCGAAUAAUGAUAAUUACAGCAAUAAGAAAAAACGUCGAAAAAAAUCGAAAAAGAAAAAACCGAAAAUUGUUGAAUCGAAAACCAGUAAGAAGAAAAAGAAAUCUUUGUAG